AUCCUGCAGUCUCCUCCUCCCUGCUACCCCCACCCCCUGCCAUGUAUCUUAGGAAUAAUACAGUCAUCCUUUUCCUUUCAGAGGAGGCUGCUGAGAGUUCUGUGCUAACGCUGGACCUUCCAAAGAAGAACGUUUUGUCUUCUUCCUUUGUGCGGGAGGAACAAAGAAGAAAAGAACAAAUGGACUCGCAAUAACCCCCAAGAGCACAGGCACGUUUUCAGAUCAGAGUCCUGCUGCCCUUUUGACACCUGCUUCAGACAAGAGCUGUGUCUUCUGGACCAAGGAGCUUGAUCUGAUUAUGAGUGAGCAGCGGGGCCAUGUGAACAGCCUCUUCUUGAAUGAGGAGUCAGCCAAGCGGCUCAGCUCCAACAACCGGGUGCAGCGCUUCCAACAGGCAGUGCAGGAGCGGGCAGCACGGGCCAAGAAGCGGAUGCACAGCAUCACCAAAGACAGCGCCAAGAGCUUCCUCAGGAGAAAUGCCUUCGUCCUCUUCACCAUCACUGCUGUCCUACUGGGGAUCAUUUUGGCCUUUGCCCUCCGACCCUAUAAGAUGACCUAUCGCCAGAUCAAGUAUUUCUCCUUCCCAGGAGAGCUGCUGAUGCGGAUGCUCCAGAUGCUGGUUCUUCCCCUCAUUGUCUCCAGCCUGGUCACGGGCAUGGCCUCGCUGGAUGGCAAAGCCUCUGGGAAGAUGGGGAUGCGGGCUGUAGUCUACUACAUGGUGACCACCAUCAUCGCGGUCUUCAUCGGCAUCCUCAUGGUGAUCAUCAUCCAUCCAGGCAAAGGGUCCAAGGACAAACUGCACCGGGAGGGCAAGAUUGAGCAGGUGCAAACAACUGAUGCCUUCAUGGAUCUGGUGAGGAACAUGUUCCCGCCGAACCUAGUAGAAGCCUGCUUCAAACAGUACAAGACGCAGUACAGCACCAGGGUCUUCACCAGAACCAUCCUCCGCAGCAGCAAUAUCACAGCAGGGACCACUGCCAACUCACAGGCUUCCAUGCCCGAGAAUGUCACCGGGACCCUGGAGAACAUCACACGCACCCUUAGGAGCCUCCAGGAAAUGCUGAGCUUUGAGGAAACCAUCCCCAUCCCUGGCUCUGCCAGCGGGGUGAAUGCGCUGGGCCUAGUGGUGUUCUCCGUGUGCUUUGGCCUGGUGAUUGGCAGCCUGAAGCAGAAGGGACGGGCCCUGCAGGAGUUCUUCAGCUGUCUCAACGAAGCCAUCAUGAGGCUGGUGGCCAUUAUCAUCUGGUACGCCCCAGUUGGGAUCCUAUUCUUAAUCGCUGGCAAGAUUCUGGAGAUGGACGACUUAGCAGUGAUGGGGGGCCAGCUGGGAAUGUACACACUCACCGUCAUCGUGGGGUUGCUCAUACACUCCCUGUGUGUCCUGCCGCUGCUGUACUUCAUUGUCACCCACAAGAACCCAUGGGUGUUCAUCGCAGGCCUUCUGCAGGCCCUCAUCACCGCACUGGGCACCUCCUCAAGCUCGGCAACGCUCCCCAUUACGUUCAGGUGCUUGGAAGACAACAACGGGGUGGACAAGCGCAUCACCAGGUUCGUUCUGCCUGUAGGCGCGACCAUUAACAUGGAUGGCACGGCUCUAUAUGAGGCCCUGGCAGCCAUCUUCAUCGCACAAGUCAACAACUACGAGCUCAACUUCGGGCAAAUCAUCACAAUCAGCAUCACUGCCACUGCAGCCAGCAUUGGAGCGGCAGGCAUUCCCCAGGCAGGCCUGGUGACCAUGAUGAUUGUGCUGACAUCAGUGGGGCUACCAACCGAGGACAUCACCCUCAUCAUUGCGGUGGACUGGUUUCUGGACCGUCUGAGAACCACCACCAAUGUGCUGGGGGACUCCCUGGGAGCUGGGAUUGUGGAGCACCUGUCUCGGCAUGAGCUGGAUGCACAGGACAGCGAGCUCGGGAAUUCUGUGAUUGAGGAGAAUGAGAAGCCCUACCACCUGAUCUACCAGGCGAACACCCACAAGCACCGCAGCAGCGAGACAAUCAUGUGACGCCAGGGAGCAGGGUUCAGAUUGAGCCUUUAAAAAGGUCAAGACUUUCAGUGGCAGGGGAUGGAGAAAGAGCCAAGCAGAAGCAAACUCUCCUCCCCCUACACACAUUUCCCCAUGCAGCCUCCCAGCCCUGCCUCUUUUAAACCUAAGCUACAGAGAAAACAAAGACUUAACCCUUUCUUUACCUAGACAGUUAGAUGUUCAUUGUGACCCUCAUAUUAGAGAAGCAGGACUGAGAGGUCCUCCUUUUGUGGUCCACUGCCCCACCCUGGACUAGACGAGGAGUGGGAGGAUGAUAGUGUUUAGAUUAGUAACUGUUCCUCCUCUGCACUUCGAGGCAGAAAACCGGAACAGCCUCUGUCUCCCACUUCUAGACAUUGUCUGAGGCACCAGGUGUUUCAUUAGCAUCUUUCUUCAAAUUUUUAUCUGCCUUUCUUUGUAUGCUUGGCAUGUGAAGGGUUAAGGACCAAGACAAUAGGUAGCAAAUGGCUCCUAGAAUUAGUUGGUAUUUUGCAGUAACCAACUAGGAUCUGGUUGCUUCCAUGGCACUUCCCUGUCACUAUACAGCAGCAUUUUUCUUGUGAAAUCCUGGCUUUCUAGUUUCUAUUUUGAUCCAGGAAUCAGACCUGAGUAUGUUACAUUCAAAGGUAGAGUUGGCCUAGCACAGGAGUGGCCAAUCUGUGGCUCUUCAGAAGUUAACAUGCGGCUCCUUGUAUAGGCACCCACUCCGGGGCUGGAGCUACAGGCGCCAACUUUCCAGUGUGCUGGGGGGUCCUCACUGCUCAACCCCUGACUCCACCACAGCCCCUGCCCCCACUCCACCCCUUUCCAUGCCCUCCCCGAGCCUGCCAUGCCCUCGCUUCUCCCUCCCUCCCCCUGCAGAGCCUCCUGCAUGCCACAGAACAGCUGAUGAGGAGGCACUGAGAGCGGGAGUGGAGCUAAUGGUGGCUCUUUGGAAAUGUACAUUGGUAAUUCUGGCUCAUUCUCAGGCUCAGGUUGGCCACCCCUGGCCUAGCAGCUCCCCUGGUGCUCAGCUAAAGCAUUACCCAACCAAUAACUGGAGCUAGAUUAAUGAUUUGAUUGUCACUGUGGCUACAUAGAAGCAUUGUCACAAAAUUCUUAAUGUCCUCCUGCAGAGAUGCAGAGCCAAACAGCAGGUCAGGCUCCACGGGUCUGAGGAUCACCACUGGGAACCCGGUUUAUGUUAGCAAGGGCCACACAAGGAAUCAGUGGGGAGCUGCCAGAAGAACUCCCCGACUUCUCAAGUGGCAAUCAUAUUUAUAUCAGAAUAACAGCAGUGACAUUAUAGCAGCCUGGGGUUCCUGAGGGCCUAUCUCAUGCAGUAUCCUGAUAACCUUGUUACAGGCAGCUCUCGGGGCCUCAUGGCUUUCGAGGGGCUGGGAGUCUGUGGACAACAUGGACAUUCUGACUUUUCUUUUACUCUUUAGUUUGGGACAAAAUAUCAUUACCUGUGAACAUGGGCCAGGCUGGCAGAACCAGGAAGGGGUUGAAUGACUUCUGUUCAUCUGAGAAGCUGCUAGAGAUGGGCACACGAGCACAGACAAAGAAUUGAUUGUCAUUGGUUAAGGCAUCUAGCAGUCUGUAGGUACUCCAGGACUUGGAUGGGAAAUCAAGCUUCUUCUAUAAGGUCAAGAGGGUCGAGGGAUAGCUCAGUGGUUUGAGCAUUGGCCUGCUAAACCCAAGGUUGUCAGUUUGAUCUUUGAGGGGGCCAUUUAAGGAUCUGGGGCAAAAAUUGGGGAUUGGUCCUGCUUUGAGAAGGGGGUUGGACUAGAUGAUCUCCUGAGGUCCCUUCCAACCCUGAUAUUCUAUGAUUCUAGGGGAUUGUGUCACUCCUCGAAAGUUGCCUUGAUAGCCAGUAGCUCCUUGUCCAGACUAUCAUAGUUUUUUUCUUCCAGGGUUAGCUUCUGAGAUUAAAAGGCACAAGGGUGGAGUAGGGGAGGGGGGCAUAUUGAAUUUGGCAAAGUUUGAAGUGUGGACCUCGAUUGUAAAUGGUUUAAUGGGAUCUGGGUGAAUCAGGAUAGUGCUGUGGUAAACUUCUGUCGAUCAAAGGCCGUCUGAUCCUCUGUGGACCAGGCAAACUGGGGCUCCCUUUUACAUGAGCACCAUUAACCAUGCUGCCAGGCUAGAGAAUCCUUUAAUAAAUGGCCUGUAGAAACUGGCGAACCCCAGGAAUUGCUGCAUCCUGCUACCUCCUUAGACACGGCCCAGUUGGAUAUUGCUGCCACCUGACACGGGUCCAUGGUGUGUCCUGCGUGCAAAAUGAUCUAUCCCAAGAAUUCCACUGUGGUUUUAUGGAACUCAAUUGUUCUCCAUGCUGGAGAGGCAGGGCUGGACCUGAUCAACUUGCAUGGGUUUGGGCACUGGAGAAAGGACUGGUAAGGCGGGGCUGGAGCCAGCAGGGCUGGUGGAUGCUGGGAGGACUAUAUUUUUUCUUGGCAGCAUUCAGUCAAGCAGUCUGCUGAUCUUGAUGCGUAGGUCGACUAACCCAUCCAGGUGGGUCAGUGAUCCGACCCAUGCCAGGUCAUCUUUAAUAGUGUCAUUUUAGGCCAGGCUGGAAAUGAAAACUCUGGUCAGCCUCAUUCCACUCAGUGUCUGCUGCCAAGCAUUGGCACUCUAGCAGCUGUCUGGCAUUCCUGCUAACACCUGAAGUGCAGCUUCAGCUGCACACUCAAAGAUCACCGCCAUAGCUUGAAGGAAGUCCUCACAUUGUCCCAGAAUGGCUCCAGGAAUGGAGAUGCCAAGCUAGGGCCUCCUCAGGAAGCAGCCUGAUAAUCUGUCCCACUCAGGGUUGGUCAGUGGGGUACAUAGAAUUAUAGAAUCAUAGAAGAUUAGGGUUGGAAGAGACCUCAGAAGUCAUCUAAUACAACCCCCUGCUCAAAGCCAUCUAGUCCAACCCCCAUCUCUGAGCAUAUCAGAAAUAGGAGCCAACAUUGAUUUAGGAACCCACGAAAUUUGUUGUGAUGGCCAUUGAAUUUGUCAGACUGGGGAGCUUAGACUCAUGGAGAAGAGAGGCCAGAGCUGAAGGCAGUGUGGCUUGAGCUUGAAGGACUGCAUUCUGCACAUGCAGGCCAGCGCCCUAGGCUGGCAUGGUCUGUAGGACGCCGGCUAGCUCUGUCAGAGAGAUAUUGGCCUUUGUAGAUUCUGCACUCUCUGUCUCAGCUCUAAUUCUCCUAUUGUUUGUAUUGGGCUGUCAGUGACCAGAACACGGAUGGUUGGGCUUAGUGAUGGGAGCAGGACUAGGGCCUAGUGGGUAGGGCAGGCGUCGGUAGUGUGGAAUCGCAGCCCAGAGUCAGAGCUGAAGUCAGCAAUUGCAGCCCAGGGACACAGCCGCUGUACUUGGAGUUAGACAAGGCUGGGGCCAAGGUAGGAGCAGGGCAGAGGCCAAGGGUGGAACAGGGCAGGAGCAGGGCUGGGAAUAGCAGGCACAGGAGCUAUUGCAGCCGUAGGCAAAUGCUUUGAGUAGCUGCUGAACUGCUGCUGCUGGGCAUAAGAGCCAGUCUACUGACUUCUCCCACCAAUCCGGCGACGUAGACAGACAGGCACCUACACAGGCCAGCUGCACUCAUGAGGUUGCCAGAGACUGCCUUACUUUCAGGCCCUGCUUCCAGACUGUGGGUCCCAAUAACCCCUCAGACAAAUGGCUGAGUGAAGGGGUAGUUUUGCUAGGGCUGCAAAUACCCUAGGUACAGAGGCUCAAGCAGUUACAGUUCAAGGUGUGUAAUAGCGGUUCCUGUUGGGUACCCUGGCCAGUCCAGAGCCAGGGCUCUUUCAGCUUAGGGUGCCCACUCCAGUCCAGUCUCUACUCCAGCAAACUGGAGCUUGCAGGUUUCCAGGCCAGGCUCAGUUAGUGUCUCUCAUUGAGGCCUCUCUGCACUGGGCUCCGUGCCCAGCCACUGCUGCUCCCACAUACGUCCCACACAGACCUGCACCCACCUGUAACGUCUGGCGCGAAAACCCAUAGCUGAGCCAUCUCCUGGUGGCUGUGCCAGGGCCUGUGAACUGCCAUUUAACAUGGUAAAGACCCAAGCUAAAGAAACUAGAAUAUAACACCCCCCAGGCUCCAACAAAGUCACAGACUGACAAGCCCAGGGAGUCAGGAAAGUAGGAGUUACAAUAACAUCCCCUUCUUAACUUCCCCACCCAGAGGGUAGAUUGAUCAUGCAUGUGGGCUAGGGGACAGAGUACCAGACUAGAUCUGCAACUGACCUGCUGCAUGUUCCUGGACAUGUCACCUUCCCCCUUUGUCUCAGUCUUCCCAUCUGAAAAAUUAUUCUGACCCACCUUGGUAAAGCACUUGAGAAGUGCAGAUAGAAAGUGUUAUGUAACAAUCCCUCAUUUUAUAGAGGGGUAAAAUUCAGCUUCACACAGAAACUUAGCUGCAGCCUUAACUAUGGAAAGGCAGACUCCUGACCAGAAUUGGAAUCUCCAUCCUUAGAGGUUUUUAAGGCCUGGCUUGACAAAGCCCUGGCUGGGAUGAUUUAGUUGGGGUUGGUCCUGCUUUGAGCAGGGGGUUGUCAAUGGCUUUCAAACUUUUUCUGGUGACCCAGUUGAAGAAAAUUGUUGAUGCCCAUGACCUAACGGAGCUGGGGAUGAGGGGUUGUGGGUGAGGGCUGCAGGGUGGGUCCGGAGAUGAGGGGUUUGGGGUGCAGGAAGAGGCUCCAGGUUUGGUGGGGGCUCAGGGCUGGGGCAGGGGACUGGGGUGCGGGCUUACCUUAGUCAGCUCCUGGUCAGCAGCACAGUGGGGGUGCUAAGGCAGGCUUCCUGCCUGUCCUGGCACCGCAGACCACACUGUGCCCCAGAAGCAGCCAGCAGCAGGUCCGGCUCCUAGGUGGAGGCGUGCAAGAGGCUCUGCACGGCUCUCACCGCAGGCACCGCCCCCAGCUCCCAUUGUCCAGGAACCGGCCAAUGGAAGUGUGUGACCGAUGCUCAGGAUGGGGGCAGCGCGCAGAGCGCCGUGGCCCCCCCACCUAGAAGCUGGACCUGCUGCUGGCUGCUUCCGGGGUGCAGCGCAGUGUCAGAAAAGGUAGGGACUAGCCUGUUUUAGCUGGGCAGCACCACCGAUGGGACUUAACGGUGACCCACAGUUUGAAAACCAUUGGACUAGAUGACCUCCUGCCGUCUCUUCCAACCUGAAUCUUCUAUGACUCUAUGAUAAUUCUGAGUUAACAUGGUAAUUGGUAAAAACCAUUGGAACAAUUUACUAACAGUUGUGGUGGAUUCUCACUGGCAAUUUUUAAAUCAAGACCAGAUAUUUGGCUAAAAGUUUUGCUCUAGCUCAAUUCAGAAACCUCCCAAACCUUCACCCAAACUUCAAAAGCAAGAAUGUUUGAUUCAUGGUGUGUCAUGCUUUUUGUCAUGCUCCACAUUCCUUGAUUCUGUACAGCUAUGGAAGCUGCAGUAACAGCGCCAACAAAGUAUUGAGCUGCACAAGCAGAAGCCUAGACUCUAGAACGAGAGAGCAGGUCUGUGACUGUAUAAGCCCAACACAGGACACUGGGUGCAUUUCUGGAUACAGUCCCAGCAAGCUCAUUCCCUGCAGGAGACAUUCACAAAGAAUUUAGGAGAGGAUGAAAGAUUUAGGCAGUCUGGCUUGUCCUGCUGCUGAGAUGAUCCUGGUAGAGAUUUACAACAACCCUACAUUGUAUGAAUUUCAGGGCCUCAAGAGACCAUUAUGUUAAAAUAAUCUGAAUUCCUGCAUAAGCACAGACCAGAGAAUCACCAGGUGAUUCCUGCAUCAAGCCCAUAAUUCGUGGCUCAGCUGGAGCAGAUUCUUCUGCCCAGUCCUGAUUUAGAGACUUCUAGGACUUGUCUUCACUGCAAAAUCAACUCAAGUUAUAAUCUGAGUGUUGCUCCUAACUUGAAUCCUGUCCACCCCCAUACCCUUCACUCAAGAGCAGUGGUGUUUUUAACUUGCAUUGACUGCCGCAGAAGAGGUAUAGACUAAAACCUGAGUGAGUCUAAUUUGCUAACAAGACCACUCUGUAACAUGGAUUUAGGUUAGUGCUAUUCAAGUGCUGCUAGUCCUCCAAGUUCUAGAGAACUUGCCACCUCCCAUAGCAAUCUGUCCAGUGGUUACUCGCUCUGCUAAGUAGCUGCAUUCUAUUCCCAGAGUCAGCAGAGAUUUUUUUUUCAUUUUGUUGAUGGUGUCCAAACCUAUUAAUUAGGGAUCUAGGAGUCAGUAAUUUGCUAGCACCUUUCAUCCCAGACUCUCAAAGUGGUGUACAGUUCUUAAUUCAUGUGCCUUCACACCCCCUGCCCAGUGCUGUGAGGCAGCAAUUUAGAGAUGUGCAAAAUAAGAAACUUUGACAGAUUUAUUCAAGUGAAAGUAAGAAACACACAGAACAAAUCAGAAGAGAAUGCAGCUGAACCCAAUAAUUCACUGCAGUCAGGAGACUCCUAGUUUUGUGUCUGAGGAGCAGGAGUGAGCAUUCUAGCAAAAUAACUAGAACGUUUAAAAAUGGGCAGGAAGUUGGGGCCAGGCAGCUUUUUCCUACCCCUAACAUUCCUCACAUCUGUACUACAGGGAGUAAUGUACUCUGGUGAGGAUGGCUUUCAGGAGGUCCUGAGGGUAACCAAGGUAUUGCAUGUGCUUUCUUCGUUAGAGGGUCCUUUUAUUCAGAGCAUAUAAAAAAAGUAAAUUCUUCUCAUUUUCCCAAAGAUAGUUUUGUUUUGGAGGCAAAAUGUAAAACCCGCUGUGGCUCUCAUUGCCCAAUUGUUGUUAGCAGGUACUUACAUGUAUCUUGUGCUAGGGGAACCAUGCAUCCCAUUGCACAAAUACAACCUGACAGGCAAGGCUCCCAAAGAGCAGUAUGCUUAAAGGCUUGCCUCUUGCAGUUGCCUACUUUGUGAAGGAGACUCGGGAAGGAGCAGCAGCUGAGCAGCGGCCUGUAGUCAGCCAGUGCAAACCUGGCUCACUGGAAGGAUUUCAAAAUUCAAGCAGAAGAAAGAUCUUUUUUACCUUGAUACCUUUUCACCCCAACCCUGGCAUUUUUCUUCAGGUUGCCAGCUAACUACACGAUUAAGAUUGUAGGUCUUUAUGUUUACAUAUCCAAAAAAUUGGGUAAAAAAUUGUCAGAACUGUGUGUACAUCUCUCUCACAUUUUUUUGCUGCUACUUCCAGAAUGAAGGGAGGUGCAGAUUCACAAAGUUACUUAGGUAUUGUGAUGCUGAUCGGAUUGGGCCCCGCAUGUGAGUUAGGUGGGCGAAUGCCAGUCUGCAAAUCACUCUGAGGUUUAAGCAGUAGGUAGGCGCCUGGACACCUAGAUGGAGGCAGCACUGCAGAUGCCCUGAGGCACAAACACAGGCACCAAAGGAACUUUUUACUGCAAAAACCUAGGCACUGAGUGAAUUUAGGCACCUACAGAGUUCAGUGGGAGUUUUGUGAAUCGCAGUGGAGCCUAAAACUGGGAUAGAGGCACCUACACCCAGCCAUAACCACCUAAGCACCUUUGUGACUCUAGGCUAGAAAUACAGAGCUCCCUCUCUGUAAGACUGCACACUCCAUUCUGGUGCUCGACUCAAUUAACCAACUAACUCCCUCCUUAAAAACAGAUGCCAUCGGGAAGUGGUUUUGACACUGGGACGCCCAAGACCAACCUUGCUAGGAAGGAGCACCAUACAUAUAUUCAUUUUAUGUCAUGUCAGCUGAUGGCAUCUCUAGGAUUUUGCAAUGUAUGGAGAGGGCAGGACAUAGUUCUUUACUGGGAAUUGGGAUGCCCAGUUAUAUUCCAUGCUCCUGUUGUGUUUGUUACACCAAGUGGGAUAGACUAAGGCUCUCCAGCCAACAAAACAUAAGAUUUUGAACAACGCCCUCUAAACCCGAAGAUCUAGCUUUGCCCCAGACCUUGAAAAUUUGAUACUGAAAGUAUUUGUGGUUAAAAUCCUAUUGUCAACAGGUACCUGAGGGUAUUCCGACUGGUCUGUCUCUGUUACCUAAGUGAUGCUUCUUCCUAUAGGGACCUUCCAGUUGUUUUUGUAUUUUAAACAAGUGACAGGUCUGUGUCCAUGUGACUGCAGUGCAGUCUUGUUUCUAACUAUUGGGUGUUCAAUGUAUGGGCUUGAACAAGGAGUUUGAUCACUGCUUUAAAUACGUAAAGAACUGCUUGGCCAACACACAUCUUGUUAAAAUGGAGAAACACAGAAUUUCCAGCACAAAGGCAACAUUUUGCAGUGGAGAAAGCAAAUUUACACACAGGAGCAAAUGUGUAAAAUAGGCAGUUUGUUCCAGGAGAAGAUCCAGUUCUGGAACAAUGGCCUCUCCGUCCACAGCUGCACGUAGGGAUGGAAGAAAUUGACAACUGGAAACUGUUGCUUGAUAGUAUGUUCAUAGUGUGCUCACAAGUUGGCUGUGUUUAUGCUUGAGGGCUGCUUCUUUAUGCUUUGAGUUUCAGAGAUUUUAAUGGUGGAGAGUUUGUGUAUUUGAAAAAUAAAAGGAAAUUUUC